AUGGCUUUCCUCCUGCUAACAGCGGCAGCAGUCCUUUUGGAUGUAGCCAGAUGUCAGGGGAUCAUGGGUAAAGGAAAGGACAGCUCACCGUUGAGGUUCACGCACCAGCUGUAUAACACCACCAUCAAAGAGAGCUCUGCCCCCCGAACAUAUGUCCAGAUUCCAAUUCGGAUGGGCAUCGAAGUGGCAGAUCCCUUCUGGGACAUCAAAUACAGCCUGGUGUCAGGUGAUGAUGAUGGCCUUUUCCAAGCAGAGGAGGUGAAGGUCGGUGAUUUCUGCUUCCUGAGGAUUAAGACACGUAGCAGUAACUCUGCGCUCCUCAACAGGGAAGUCAGAGACAGUUAUAUCCUCACUGUCGAGGCCACUGAGAGCACUUACAACUACCAAGCCAAGACCAAAGUGUCCAUACAGGUGCUGGACACUAAUGACCUGAAGCCUCUCUUUUACCCUGCUUCAUAUAAUGUGAAUAUCAUGGAGGACACGUCACUCAAGUCAAGUGUCAUCAGAGUGAGUGCCACCGAUGCCGAUCUUGGAAGCAACGCAGAAUUUUUCUACUCUUUCACCAGCAGAGCCCAUCCAUUUACAGUGGAUCCUUUCACAGGCAUGGUCAGCCUUGUAAAGAGGCUCAACCACACCAGGAAUACCAGAUAUGACCUCACAGUUUUAGCCGAGGACAGAACUAAGAAGAUAUCUGGUGUUCAGAAGUUUGGGAAUGUGGCCAAGGUUAUAGUAAAUGUGCAAAAGAGGUCCUUGGCAUCUGGAGUCAUCAUGCUUCCUUCCAAACCCACAACUUCCAUUGAUGGUAAAAUAACUCUUGAUGUCCAUGUGGAAUCAGGCAUGAAACCAGUGGAAUCCCUAAACAUUGUGGGAGGGGAUCCUCACAAGUGGUUUGAGAUUAUCCCCUCAGGCGUUCAGGGCAACGACUUUCAAGUGAUCUCCACCAAAAGGAUUAACUGGGCCCAGAACCUGUUUGGACUAAACCUGUCCCUCCAAGCUAAAGACAGGAGCUCACCAUCUUUACUCUCACCAGUUACACUCGUCCAUCUCCCAGCCCCUCAUUACAUCCCAUUAGCAUUUCUAGAAGACACUUACAUCAUUACAUUGAGUGAGUUUUCACCAUCUAAAACUCAUGUGGUUAGAGUUUCUUUAACCUCAGUGCCUUCUAAUAUUACCUUUCAUAUCAAAAAUAAUCUUGAUAGCAUUAAAUUUUGGAUAAACCCCAAAACAGGAAUCAUUGUUACUACGGGGACAUUUGAUUAUGAAUUAAAGAACCGUUACGAGUUUGAUGUGAUAGCCAACCAAGGUGAAGCUGAGACUCAUGUCGUUGUUGAGAUAACUGAUGAAAAUGACAACAGCCCCAAAUUCAGCCAAGCCUCUUACCAGGCCAUGGUGGAAGAAAACUCCCCUGUGGGUAGCAGUGUCUUGACAGUAUCAGCUGUAGAUGAAGAUAAAGGGGAAAAUGGUUUGGUGACUUAUGCUAUUGCCAACCUUGGGCACUUACCAUUCACCAUAGAUCCCUUCACCGGUGUUAUCUCAACCUCCCAGCACUUGGACUAUGAGCUGAUGAAACGCCGGUACCACCUGAGAGUCUGGGCAUCAGAUAGCGGGCGCCCUUUCGCACGAGUCAGCGAGUGUGCUGUGACAAUCACCAUGAGUAACGUCAAUGACAACUUUCCACUGUUUGAGCGGGUGGACUGCAACGCUACUAUACCAUUGGAUUGGCCUGUAGGUCACACAAUCACUCAACUGUCAGCCAUCGACAUGGAUGAGCUGCAGCAGCUGAGAUUCACCAUAGAGUCAGGGAAUGACCUUCAACUGUUUUCUGUUGACUCUGUAUCUGGGGCUAUCAAGCUCAACCAGCCCAUUCCCCUCAUUUCAGCUGAGACACCAGCACCAAUCUCUCUGAGAAUCACAGCGACAGACGGCAAACAUCAGUCUGACCCUUUGUUCAUCACCAUAACAGUCACUAAAAGAGGUGAUGAUGCCACGACUCAAUGCCAGGAGACUGGCAUUUCCAAACAGCUGACAGAUAAACUUAUAGAAACAAUCAAACCAAUUUUAAUUGACCAAGAUGAGGAAUCAUUCUCUGAUAUUCAUAUCAUUAACAGAUAUUCUCCCAAGUUCGAACUCAACAUCCCUGGAUCUAUUGACCUCGCUGAGAACUACCCACUAAAAGACACUAUCGUUCAGUUCAAAGCCACAGACAAUGACACAGGGUUCAACAGCAAGCUAGUGUUUGCUAUAUCCAGCGGGAAUGAGGAUGGAUGUUUCGCCAUAGACACCUUCUCUGGGGAUCUUUACUUAGUUUGCCCCUUGGACAGAGAGAGUAAAGAAUUCUACAUACUAAACAUAACUGUUUAUGAUUUGGGUGUUCCACAGACGUCUGCCUGGAAAUUCAUUGCUGUGAACAUACUGGAUGUCAAUGACAAUCGCCCAAUUUUCAGUCAGUCUAGAUAUGUAAUACACAUCCCUGAAAACACAGAAGUGGAUUCCAGCAUUUUCAAAGCCCAUGCAGUAGACCUGGACUCCAGUGCGAGUGGUGACGUCCAGUACUCCCUUCUAACAUCAAAUGAGAUGUUCAGCAUUGAUGGACUAACUGGGGAGGUCAGGGUCAUGGCUCAUUUGGACCGAGAAAUCUCACCCAGACAUGAUGUUCGGAUUGAGGCAAGAGACCAGGACAAAGUUGGCCCUCAGCUUUUUUCCACCAUUGACCUGGUGGUGGUUUUGGAAGACGUCAAUGACAACCCACCCAAGUUUGUACCUAAGACCUACAAAGUAAAAGUCCCUGAAGAUGUCCCUGUAGGCACAUUGUUAGUCUGGCUGGAGAGUAUUGAUUUGGAUUUGGGCAGUGGAGGUCUCAUCACCUACAACCUUAAAAACACAGAGGGCGGGAUCUUCCACCUCGACUCCGCCACCGGCUCCCUGACGCUUGAGAGGGAGCUGGACUUUGAGAGACGGCCAUUUUACAACCUCACAGUUCGGGCGGUUGACCACGGCCUCCCCCGCUCCCUCUCUUCCUCCUGCUUUGUUGAGAUUGAAGUUCUAGAUGUCAGUGAGAACCUCCAUCAUCCGACAUUCUCUGAGUUUGUAUAUGAGGCUGGCGUGAUGGAAGAUGCAGCGGUAGGGACAUCCGUGGUGACUCUGGUGGCGUUAGACAAGGAUGUUGGCCAUGACGGAGUAGUCCGAUACCACAUCCAUGAUGGCACCGGCCUGGGAAUCUUCACCAUUGAUGAAGAAACAGGGGUGAUCCGCACCACCGAGACAUUGGACCGCGAGACUAUCCCACACUACUGGCUCUCCGUAUAUGCCACAGACCUGGGAACGGAACCUCUGCGGUCCUGGACCCAUGUCUUUCUGGAGGUUCUGGAUGUCAAUGACAAUGCUCCAGAACUUUCCCAGCCCGUUUACUUUGGUUCCGUCCAGGAGAACCUGUCCAAGGCAAAUUCGGUUCUUCAGGUGCAUGCCACGGAUGCGGAUGUCUCCUCCGAGGGGAAACUCUCCUUCCAGAUGUUGGACUCUCAGCGUGCAAACUUUGAUGUUGACCCGAAGACAGGUGUGAUCAGCACCCGCGCUGCCCUGGACCGGGAGGAGAAAUCUGAGCACAGCGUGGAGGUGAUAGUAUCAGACAACGGCUCCCCGGCUCUGCGCUCCACCGCCACUGUGGUGAUUCAGGUGCUCGACAGCAACGACAACCGGCCAAAGUUCACCGACAAACUCUUCCAUGUCAAGCUGUUGGAGCAGCGGGCUCACGCUGGCAAACAGGAAGUAUGCAGGGUGGUCGCCCGUGACGAUGACCAGGGCUCCAACGCUGAGGUGACCUACAGUUUCCACGAGAACCAGGACAAGAGAUUUGAGAUUGACCCGGUGACUGGUGUGGUGACGUCUAAGGGGGACUUUUGGUCUGGGAACUACAGUAUUCUCACGAUCAGGGCAACAGACGGAGGCAGUCCGUCGCGGUCCUCCACCAUGCGUCUGGACAUUGAGUGGGUGCUGAGGCUGCCGCCUGCCACCGAGCCUCUGACGUUUGAUGAAGCCCACUUCACGUUUGCCGUCAUGGAGUCGGAACCCGUCACCCACAUGGUUGGAAUCAUUAUGACAGAGACACAGAGGCUGAGGUGGUUUGAAAUCAUAGGAGGUGAUGAAGAAAAGGACUUUGACAUCCAGAGGAACACGGGGACCAUCAUCAUCGCCCGCCAUCUGGAUGCCGGGCGGUGCUCCAGCUACAACCUCACCCUCAGGGUCACUGACGGUCACCACGUCGCCACCACGCAGGCCUACAUCCGUGUGUUGGACAUGAAUGAACACCGCCCUGACUUCCUGAAGCCGCUGUAUGAGGUUAGGGUUCCUGAAGACACGGCUCCCUGGAAGGACAUCCUGCAGAUCAGCGCCCGGGAUGCCGACACCAACAGCAAGCUGGUGUACUCCAUUCACAGCAGCCUCCACCCGGACAGUAGCAAGUACUUCCACCUGGACCCCAAGAGUGGUGUGAUGGUCAUGACCGAGGAACUGGACUAUGAGAAGAUCUCCACCCACACUCUGAUUGUGAUGGUACGUGACCAGGAGAUCCCAGUGAAGAGGAACUUUGUGAAAGCGGUCAUUUAUGUGGAGGACUGCAAUGACCACUCCCCCACUUUCCUCAGCCCACGCUAUGAGGUCAGCAUCUCUAACCUGGCGUCUAAGGGUUCAGAGGUCAUCAGGGUCAAGGCGCUGGACAAGGACACGGGAAGCAAUGCCGAUAUCAGCUACUCUUUACACUCUGGGAACCUGGACAACAUCUUCUCAAUAGACCCGGAGCUGGGGUACAUCAGUGUAUCCAAGCCUUUGGAUCUUCAUCCCCAAGACCAGUUUCACUUGACAGUGAAGGCGGCUGACCAGGGCUUCCCUCAGCGCAUCGACUUCUGCUCAGUCCAUGUCCACAUCCGCAUCUCUGACCAAACCCCACCCGUCUUUUCCUUAGAUGAAUACUUUGCGGAGAUCAGUGAAUCAAACAAGCCUGGAACCCCAGUGCUCAUGGUCUCAGCCACCAGCCCAGCUAUGGUGCAUUAUGGGAUUGAAAAGGGCGACCCAAAUGGGACAUUUCAUAUCAAUCCAUACACUGGGUUGAUUUCAACUCAGAAACCCCUUGACUUUGAGAAGCAUCUCUCCUACAAGCUCCAGGUGAUAGCCUCCACCACAAAUGGAGGUUCCUCAGAGACUGUUGUUCAUGUCUACAUCAUUGAUGAGAAUGAUAAUGCCCCCAUCUUUCAGCAGCAGGAGUAUCUGGGCCAGAUAAGUGAGUCAGCUCACAUAAACAGCAUGGUGAUGGGUGAAAGGAACACUCCUCUGGUCAUCCAGGCCCAGGAUGCAGACAGAGAUGCCAACUCUCUGCUGGUCUACCACAUACUUGAAUCAGAGGCUCUGAAAUUUUUUAAGAUAGACUCGAGCAUGGGAACUCUUUCCAUCAUAUCGCCUGUCGAUUUUGAAGCCAAGGCAGAGUAUCAGUUCACCGUGCAGGUAAGGGACUCCGGGGAACCUUGGCUUUAUGCGACAGAGCCUGCCAGGGUCACAGUCCGCGUUUUGGACCUCAAUGACUGUCCGCCACAAUUCACCUCCCCUGUGUACAAGCCAGCCAUCAUCUUCCCAACUGUCAGAGGUGCAGAGGUUGUGCAAGUUAUGGCCCGUGACUCUGACUCAGCAGUUUCAUACAGCAUUACAGAGGGGAAUCUUCACAAUGCCUUUUCAAUUCAACCCAACACAGGACUCAUCACAGUGAGCAAUGUGUCCGAAUUUAGGCCAUUUUUUCAGCUGGUUGUCAAAGCUUCUGAUGGCCUCUACAAAGACUCAGCUAUCAUCAAGAUAAAUGUGACUAAUGUCACUGCUAGUGACCUUGCAUUUGAGCAGAAACUUUAUUCAGCCAAUGUGAUGGAAAACCUGAAGACGGUCAAAACUUUAGCAGUACUUAGAGCAACUGGCUGUUACUUGAACGAACCUGUUUUCUAUUCUGUGCUGAACCCAAUGGGCAGAUUCACAAUAUCUCAAACAUCAGGGGUUCUAGAAACCACUGGUAUCCCUUUUGACCGGGAGGAACAGGAACUGUAUGAUGUGGUGGUGGAGGUGCAUGACAUGAGAACACCAUCCAGGACAGCUACAACCCAGGUUAAGGUUUACAUAGAUGAUGUUAAUGACAACACGCCACAAUUUCUCAACCUACCCUUUUCCAUGAUGAUCUCUGAAGAGUCUGACCCGGGCGAUGUUUUGUAUCAAGUAGCUGCCAGUGAUAGUGAUCUGGGUGAAAAUGGAUCCAUUAUGUACCAACUAGAGGAGGACUACGACCUCUUCAGGAUAGAUCCAGAGGUUGGUGACAUAUCCUUUCAAAGACCUCUUGACUUUGAAGCUUUGAAUAAGUAUGUGCUGACUGUCUUGGCCUCAGACGAGGGCCAGCCCAGCCGCACCACAUCAGCACAUCUCAGUAUCCAAGUGAGAAAUCGGACAAACCCAGUUUUUCAGACUUCUCUUUAUCCACUGAAAGUCCCUGAAAAUGUCCCACCCUUCACCACCAUUUUACAUGUCCAGGCCAGAAAUCCUGAGGGCUACCGGCUGAUCUACAAUCUACAGGAGGAAAAUGCUUCUAAACACUUUCACAUUGACUUCAAAACAGGGGUGCUGACUGUGACGAACCCCUUGGACUAUGAGAGUCAGUCCUUGCAUACGUUGACAGUUAGAGCCUCCGACUCCGUCACCGGAGCUUUCUCUGAAGCUACAGUUGAAAUCGAGGUGGAAGAUGUGAAUGAUAAUGCUCCCAUUUUCUCAAAGCUUACUUAUACCUCAGAGAUUGCUGAGGGGCUUCCUGUUGGCACCUCUGUCAUUCAGCUAUCUGCCUCCGACAGGGACUCUGGAAGAAACAAAGAUGUGACCUUUCAGAUGGUGAAAACAGAUGGAAAUGAGAUGGAUUACUUCGACAUAGAUCCCAAUAGCGGGCUCAUUGUCACUACACAAGUGCUGGAUCAUGAAACUAUAAAUCACCUUCAUUUGAAAAUCAAAGCCACUGACCAGGGUGCUGUUCCUCUCAGCAGUGAGGCCUAUGUCAUUGUCAAUGUAACCGAUACUAAUGACAACACCCCAAACUUCUUUGAAUCUCAGUACGAUGCCACACUAGAUGAAAUGGCCAAGUGUGGUCACAUAGUCAUCAAAAUCCAAGCCUCUGACCCAGACAGCGGGGAUCUGAACAACCUCAAGUACAGAAUCAUCUCCGGGAAUGAAGGGCGGUAUUUCAGCAUGAACGAAUCCUCGGGAAUAAUCUCCUUCUCGAAUGUCUGUAAGAGGAAUCUCGAUCCUUACUACAACCUGACGGUGGCGGUGUCAGAUGGGGUGUUCCAGAACACAGCGCCGGUCAAUAUUGACAUGAUGAAUACCAACAGACACAGCCCCUACUUCAAGCAGAGUGUCUAUGAGGCUGACCUGCCAGAAAAUGCAGAGCCAGGAACACGAGUGAUCCGAUUGGCUGCCAUUGACCCUGAUGACGGGCCUUAUGGCACUGUUGACUACACCAUCAUAAACAAACUUGCUGAUGAAAAAUUUGCUAUUGAGAGUGAUGGGCAGAUUGUCACAACACAGCCCCUGGACAGGGAAAAUGCUGCCCAGAGAGUGAUAGCUAUCAAAGUGAUGGCUAAAGAUGGAGGUGGAAAAGUGGCCUUUUGCACGGUCAAGAUUAUCCUUACAGAUGAGAACGACAACCCACCUCACUUCAAGGCAUCUGAGUACCAGGUUUCCAUCCAGUCGACUGUGAAUAAAGGCUCCCCUGUCAUUCAGGUCAUGGCUUACGACGCAGAUGAAGGUAAAAAUGCCGACGUCACAUACAUAGUGGAUGAAGCGGAGGAAGUGACGGAAGACAUUAUUGAGAUUAACCCUUUCACGGGCAUGGUGAAUGUCAAAGAGAGCCUGGUCGGCAUGGAAAACAAGAUUUUCAACUUCAAAGUCAAAGCUCGUGAUGGAAGCCUCCCAUUCCAUAACUCCACAGUCCCUCUUCAAGUGAAAGUGGUCCCCCCAGAGGUUCCUCUUCCCAAGUUCUCUGAGCCUCUGUACACCUUUUCUGCUGCAGAGGAUAUUCCUAUGGGGAGCGAGAUCGGCUCUGUAAGGGCCGACUCAGACACGCCUCUUAUUUACAGCCUUGUGAACGGGAACACGCUGGAAAGCAACAAAGACAAAGUAUUCACGUUGGACAAAGAGAGCGGGACUUUGCUGGUCCAGAAGACCAUAGACCAUGAAAAGACCAAGUGGUACCAGAUCGAUGUGAUUGCCCAGGGGAACUACAACGGGACAAACGUAGCAUCACUGGUGACUGUGAGCAUCCAGGUUCAGGAUGUCAAUGAUAACCAGCCUGUGUUCGAGGCGAACCCAUACCGGGCAUUUCUGGCUGAGAACAUGCCUGCUGGAACCACUGUCAUCCAGGUGACCGCCAAUGACCCCGACACAGACACCAAUGGUCUGGUGACCUACAGUCUGGAGUCGCUGCCUGAUGACAUCACUGGCGACAUCACUGAUGUUUUCUCCAUUGACGGAGACAGCGGCUGGGUAACGGUUCUGCGGGAGACUGACUCUGAGGCCACCAGGGUCUACAGGUUCCAUGUAGUGGCCACGGACCACGGCGGGGACGUUAAGCUGUCCUCGUCUGUCCUUGUGGAGGUGACGGUGACGGACGAGAACGACAACCCGCCAUGGUUCUCAGAGGAUGUGUACCGUGGCUCGGUGUUGGAGAAUAGCCGGCCCGGUGAGGUUAUUGUCUCCAUGACUACCACUGAUGCCGAUGUGGCGCUGGAGAACCGCCUGGUGACGUGUUACAUCACAGACGGGGACCUGCUGGGCCAGUUUGCAAUCGUCCAGGAGGACGAGGGCGAGUGGGGGUUGAUCCUGAAGGAGCCCCUGGACCGAGAGACCAAAAACAGAUACAGCCUGAAGGUAACGGCCACAGACGGAAGGUCCCAGGCCGAGACCACGGUGGAGGUCCACGUGCUAGACAUCAACGAUAACAGUCCACAGUGUGAACAGCUGGCAUACCGGGAGGUGGUGAUGGAGAAUUCCCCAUCUAACAUGUUCAUCCUGAAGGUGUCGGCAUCAGACCCGGACAUGGGGGCCAAUGGUCAGAUCUCCUACACCCUCCAUGGGCCGGACAUGGACAAGUUCCACCUGGACCAGAGGACAGGGGAUCUGUUCACCCUGGCUUUGUUGGACCGGGAGAGGGAAGUGGAGUAUAAUGUGGUUGCCAAGGCUACAGAUGGCGGUGGGCGCUCCUGUCAGGCGGACAUCUUGCUGAUGGUCCAGGACAUGAACGACAACCCUCCCCACUUCUCAUCCAGUCACUAUGAGGUCACUGUGUUUGACAACACCACUGUCAGGACCCCCAUCACUGUCAUAUAUGCCAAGGACCCCGACACUGGUAUAAACUCUGAGGUGAAGUACUCCCUCCUGGCUGGGGAUGGGGGCUACUUCUCUCUGGAUGAAUUCUCUGGAGUCCUCAGACUGGAGCGACCUUUCACCCCUGAGACCCCACCCACCUUCGAACUCAAGGUCAAAGCCACUGACCGCGGCCUGCCACGGCACCUCUACUCUGUUGCCACAGUGACGGUGGAUGUGGUCUCCCUAGAUGACUACCAGCCCGUGUUCCUGAGCUCAGAGUAUACCUCCCAGCUCCCAGAAUCCUUUGCAGUGGGGUCACAGGUGCUGAGCGUGUCCGCCUUCACCAGAGACGGUGGUGGGCCGGACGUUGUCGUCUACAGCAUUAUCUCCGGCAAUGAGGACCGACGGUUUCUACUGGACCAUCACACAGGCGUUCUGACUCUGGCUGAGCCUCUGGACUUUGAGCGCUGUCGGGAAUACUACCUGUCUGUAGAGGGGAGCCGUGGCAAGUCGACUCUUAAUGAUGUCACCACGGUGAUUAUCAACGUGACAGAUGUGAAUGACAACGCGCCUGUGUUCGGACGGGGAGACUACAGCACCGAAAUAUCCGAGGGUCUGACACCGGGGACCCCCAUCAUGCAGGUAACAGCCAGUGACCAGGACAGCUCAGUAAAUAGUCUGGUCCGGUAUUCUAUCGUGAGCGGAGAUCCUCUGCAGCAGUUCUCCAUCCACCCUCGCAGUGGAGAGAUCACUGUCCGCACUGCGCUGGACAGAGAAGAGGUCCCCCACUACUCUCUGACCGUCCAGGCUGCUGAUGAGGGCAGCCCCCCUCUCUCCACCGCCGUGCAGGUGACCUUUACUGUGGCGGACGUCAACGACAACGCCCCCGUCUUCUCCCAGGUCAACUACAGUCUGCUGCUGCAGGAGGGCGAGGUGGUGGGCAGCAGUAUCCUCCAGCUGGUGGUGACGGACAGAGACACGCCCAGAAACGGUCCUCCGUUCUCCUUCCAUAUCGUCAGCGGUAACGAGGAUCGACGCUUCCAUGUCGACCAGGGAGGCCUGCUCUCCCUUUCUGCUUCGCUCCGCAAAAAAACCAAAGCCCACCAUCAGCUGAAGAUCCAGGUGACGGACAGCGGUCAUCCCCCUCUCUCCUCCAUCUGUGUGGUCAAUAUCAAUGUCACCGAGCAAAGCAGGUACCCUCCAUCUGUGGUGCCCUUAGAGGUCUUCAUCACCACCGCCGGCGGCCUGUUUGCCAACCGUGUCAUCGGCAAGCUCCAUGCCUCUGACCAGGACCUCCAGGAUGUGCUGGCCUACCGGCUGGUCUCAGAAGUCCCUGCAGGGGGACGGUUCUCUGUGGACCUGGCCGAUGGAAAGAUCUGGGCAGACGAAUCCCUGGAUGAGGGCUCCUACUCGCUCAAUGUCAGCGUGACAGACGGCAAAUUCAAUGUUUGGACCGGGGUCAAAGUUCACGUGUGGGCAGCCAACCAGAGGGUGCUGGACUCGGGUAUGACACUGCAGCUGGCCGGCCUGUUGCCAGAGGAGUUUCUGGGGGAUCACUGGCGAGGCCUCCAGCGGAGCCUGGGACUCGCCCUCGGCCUGCCCAGACAGGAACUAAACUUGGCCAGCCUGCAGCAGCUACGCGACUCCAAGGUCCUGGAGGUCCUGCUGGUACGGCGACCAAACGACGGCGUUGUUCACUCUCUCCCCACAACCAGACUUGCAGGUAUUUUAUCUGACAUGGAGGACUCCCUGGGCCUGAGUAUCCUGAAGGUGAACCAUAACGGCUGUGUCGGCGCUGACUGCCCCCCACGGGGCUGCAGGAACGCUGUGCGGCUGUCUGGAGAGAGGCUGAGCCAGCACGCCACUGCGCGGACUGCCUUCAUCACCCCACCGCACAGCUGGGAGAGCGUUUGUCCCUGUAAUGAGACGGCAGUGCGGUUCGAUGGUAAAGGCUACCUGAGGUACCUUCACCAGAUGGAUGAAGACAGCCACAGCUUCAGACUGGUGCUGAUGUUCAAGACCUUCCAGGAGCAGGGCCUCAUCAUGGCCGCCAACGGCACCGACUGGGGAGCAUUACAGCUGACCAAUGGGGAGCUGCAGUUCAGCUACAGUUGUGGCUCCGCCCCCCUCAUGUCACUCCUGGUGACAGCUGACCCCGUGUCAGAUGGACGCUGGCACCACAUCCUGUUGGAGGUCAGUGCGAGUGUCCUGAGACUGACUCUGGAUCAGCGACGCUCAGCUUCAGUGGAUCUGACCCGGCCCUGCCACAUGAUGAGAUCCCAUGGUGCUUUGCUCUUCGCCACAGCCGCUCCAGGCUCCGUCGGAGACUCCAGGCAUUUGCACAAUUUUGUUGGCUGCCUGGAGGGCCUUGAGUUGAACAAGGAGCGAAUCAGAUUGGGUGACGCAGGGGAGUGGGUGGGGCCAGGAGGCAGGAGGGUGUUCGGGGUGUACCAGUGUUGUGGAGGACCAGGAGGGUGUGACUCCAACCCCUGUCAGAAUGGAGGCACCUGUGAGGAGAAUGUGAAUGGAGAGCCGCGCUGCAGAUGCCCGGGUCACUACCACGGCCCUCACUGUGAGCUGACCCACAACCCGUGCACCUCCUCGCCAUGUGCACAUGGAGGCGUGUGUGUGCCGAAAACACAAGGUUACCUCUGCAACUGUUCACAGGACAUCGUUGGAGCGCGGUGCCAGAAUAUGAUUGAUGCUUGUUCAUCCAAUCCGUGUCCAGGAGGGUUUGACUGUUCAUUCUCUGAUGGUGCCAUCCACUGUGACCCUCUGCCUCAGCUGUCUCCAGCAAUUGAUUAUAUUGAGAUUAUGGAGAUCAGUGCCAGUGUGUUGGCUUUACUCUUCCUCGUUGCCAUCUUCAUCUGUAUCCGGAAACGUUACGUUCAGCAGAAGAAGAAAAAGCCGGUGUGUGUCCAGGACUCCAACGGCUAUUUCCCAACCAGUCUCACCAAGAGCACCAUGGCCGACAACCAGGAAGUGAAUCCUAUCGAGUUGAACUCAUUGAUCAGUUCCACCAACAACCUCGAUCACACGCCGUUCAGGUCGCUCCGCCCCCGCAGCCACACUGGUCCAUCCGGAGACAGGGUUUCCUCUUCAAAGAUGCAGGGGCCAGUGGUGUGUAGUGUGGCCCCCAACCUCCCCACCAGACCCCCGUCCAGCUCAGACAAUGACUCCAUCCGGAAGAACCACUGGGACAUGGAUUAUGAAGUCUACCCAGCGGACCCGGACUAUUACGGCCGUCCGACCGUCCAGGAGUUCCCCCAGUUCGACAUCGUGGAGGACACCUUCUCCACCUCUGCCGUGGACUCAAGGAGGAACUCUCGUUUCGGUGGCUUCCCUUUUCCGCUGGAACGCUGUGACCGCCGGGCUCCCCUCCCACCGUGUUACAGCAACCAGAACCUGGACGACUUCCUGGGCCCCGAUGGACUUCCCCUACCCAGCGCUCAAUGCCCCAACGAGUACACUGCCAUCAGCUACUACCCCACGCAGCACGCCCGCAGCCUGGACAAUGUCUCAGGUGGCUACAAAAGACUCAGUAUGCGGCUUAGUGUGGCAAUGCCGUCAUACGCCGAACAGAGCGACCAGCCGCCGCCGGUCCCGAUGAACCCUGCCCAGCCCCAAACCAGGCCCGAGGGGCGGGACCCGCGCAGCUAUGACAGCUUGGACAUGGUGGAGAGCGACUACGGGAGCUGUGAGGAGGUCAUGUUUUAA